CAAUCGUUCAGUCAGGUGUUAGUACGGUUCUGUUUGUCGAUCAGUGAUCUACUGAAAUGUCACCCUUCGCGCCGACGGUCACGUUAAACAAUGGCCAAAAAAUGCCAAUACUUGGACUUGGCACGUGGCUGUCUCGUGAAGGUGAAGCAGUUGAAACAGUCAAAGCAGCCAUCGACGCCGGUUAUCGCCAUAUUGACACGGCCUACUUGUAUGGCAACGAAAAAGAGGUCGGCCAGGCCAUUCGUGAAAAAAUUACAGAAGGUGUUAUCAAACGAGAAGAUAUUUUCGUCACAACCAAGUUGUGGAAUGGCUUCCAUGAUCCGGAAAAUGUCGAAGAGGCAUUCAAUCGUUCCCUUGCCAAUUUAAAUAUUGAUUAUAUCGAUCUGUAUUUGAUGCACACUCCCAUGAGCUACAAAUUCGUGGCAUGGGAACCAGAGAAUCCGGAUGCGGCAUCCGUCCCCGAGUUUACGGAAGUAGACUACGUAGAUACGUGGCGUGCCAUGGAAAAGUUGUUGAAUGGUGGGAAAGUUCGAAGUAUCGGUGUUUCGAAUUUCAACAGCGAACAAAUUGGCAGAAUAGUUAAAGAAUACACUGUCAAACCGGUCACAAAUCAAGUAGAAUGCAACCCGGGCCUGAACCAACGAAAAUUGAUUGAAUUCUGCAAAAACUUGGAUAUUACAAUCACCGCCUAUAGUCCUUUGGGGCGUCCAAAUUAUUACGAAAAAGAUCCUAAAAAUACUCCAAAACCUGCUUUAGAUGAUGUACGGGUUGCUGAAAUAGCCAAAAAGUAUGGAAAAACUCCCGGCCAAAUUAUUCUGAGAUACUUGGUUGAUAUCGGGACGAUUCCGGUUCCAAAAUCGGCCAAUGAACAGCGUCUUCGUCAAAACAUUGACAUUUUCGAUUUCAAAUUGACCGAAGCAGAGAUCAAAGUGAUGGACGGAUUUAACAACGGGAAGCGCACCGUCCCGUUUGCUCUCUGUGCAAGUCAUAAAUUUUAUCCUUUCAAUAGUGAAUACUAAAAUUGGUUGUUAAAAUGUUAAUAUAAAAAAAAUGUUGAAGUAAACGUUGAAUAAAUUUCAAUGAU